UCUCUCUUCUAAGUUCAUAAAAUUCACCACCUCUCCAAGUUCUUGCCGAAUAUUCGUUACAGUCUUUUACAUAAUGACUUCUAAGACGUUCAAGAUCGCCGUGGUGCCGGGUGAUGGCAUCGGCGUGGAAGUCAUGCCCUACGGAGUCCGGUGCCUUCAAGCCGCCGCUCAGAGGUUCGAUCUGUCCCUGGAAUUCGAGCACUUCCACUUUGCCAGCUGCGACUACUACGCAAAACAUGGCACUAUGAUGCCGGACGAUUGGAAAGAAACCCUCUCCAAGUUUGAUGCCAUCUACUUUGGCGCCGUUGGCAUGCCCGACCAGGUCCCGGACGACGUCUCACUCUGGGGCAGCCUGCUCAAAUUCCGGCGCGAGUUUGACCAGUACAUCAACCUCCGUCCCUGCAGGCUGAUGCCCGGCGUCAAGUCUCCACUGGCGGGACGGAAGCCGGGUGACAUUGACUUCUGGAUCGUGCGGGAGAACACGGAGGGCGAGUAUAGCAGCGUCGGAGGGAUCAUGUUUGAGGGCACUGAGCGGGAGACGGUCAUCCAGGAAACCAUCAUGACCCGCGUGGGAGUGGAUAGGGUGCUUCGUUACGCCUUCGACCUGGCUGCGAGCAGGCCACGCAAGAAGUUGACGAGCGCGACUAAGAGUAAUGGCAUCAGCAUCACGAUGCCAUACUGGGACGCCCGAGUGCGCGAGAUGCACAAGCAAUUCCCAGACGUGGCUGUCGAAAAGUACCACAUCGACAUCCUGACGGCACAUUUCGUGCAAAGGCCAGAUUCCUUCGACGUCGUAGUUGGAAGCAACCUGUUCGGCGACAUCUUGUCAGACUUGGGUCCAGCUUGCACUGGCACAAUCGGCAUUGCGCCCUCGGGCAACAUCAACCCAACGGGCGAAUUCCCCAGUCUCUUUGAACCGGUGCACGGCAGUGCGCCCGACAUUUACGGCAAGGGAAUUGCUAACCCUGUCGGCAUGAUCUGGGCCGGGCAGAUGAUGUUGCAUCACUUUGGGUUUACCGAGGCGGCUGCAUUCAUGCUUGCAGCGAUUGAGAAUGUCUUCGUUAGGGCUGACAUGGACAUCAUGACAGCGGACAUGGGGGGACGAGGAAAUACACAGAGCCUGGGAGAGGCUGUGGAGAAGGAAAUCUUGACUAUGAAGAUGCAUUGAGACAGUGCAAGUUAGAUUAAUACAUCCUAAAUAUUUCUUUGCACUGGCUCUUGUAGAGUCGUUGCGAAAAUGGCGUAGCCCAGGACGCGACUUAUUUUCCGUGUCAGAUGUCUACGCUGCUGCAACGUAAAAAUGGAAAAAUAUAUGAAGAAUCUUAUUG